AUGUCGGCGGAGAAAGCUCUAAAGGCAAAGGAUAAAGGCAACCAGUGCUUUAAGGAUGGUCAACUCGAAGAAUCGGUGAAGCAUUAUGCAGAGGCGGAAAAACUAGAUCUCUCCAACCCUCUUUAUCCUUCCAACCUCAGCGCUGCCCUAUAUGAAUUAGGGGAUUACCGCUCCACUUUGGACGCGAUCCUGCGUUCAGCUGCCCUAAGCCUGGACCCUGCACUAUCUAUCAAACUCUCGACGCGUCUUGCAAAAACCCUGAGCCAUGGCGUACGCGAUGGCUCCAUUAGUCCAUCGUUGGCACGAGAAAUGCAGUCCAAUACCAAUAACUUGGAGGAGGUGUCCUUGACUGACUCCUUUCCCCCGGACAAUGCCCAAGCUUGUCAGGUCUGGAGAAGCAUUCGCGCAACGCUUGACGAUCGCGACAGGCUGUCCCAUGACGCGAAGUUGAGGCUGUCUCGGCUACCUAUUUAUAAAGGGACUCCGUUUCAGGUUAUCUUUGACGACAGACGACAGUUUGGCACUGACGAGGUCGUCUCGCUCGCCGACGACUGGGGCCCGGUCAAACGUGACCCCAUCAAGUUGCGUUCAAUGUCAACAGGCCAAUUAUCUCAGCUCGCAUUCCUAAUCGCGGGUGUUGGCGAUGGCCGCCACGCAUUCGGUUCCAUCAUAGGUUUGAGCAAAGCUCACGCAAAAAUGGACGCUGUGCGGAAAAAGGAAAUGAGAGCUCAUAUAACCCUCCUUGACGUUCAUUUCGCCACCAUCGCUAGAGAUCUCAUUUUUUUCAUGCUCAUCGACAGUCUGGUUGAAGGCGAGAUGGACCAAGUCACUCGUCUUGAAAUACGGGCGACUCUCAUGUAUAUGGACACCGUGAAAGAUCUCAAGGUUCGCCUCCUCCAAACCCCGCCACGGUUGCCAUCCUGGAUGCAUGUCGACAUCAGUUCCAUCUCACCCAUCCUCCGAGCUUUGGAUCACUGGAUCUUUGUUAAAUUUACCACAACCAGAUUCAUCUCCGACCUGAAACAUGAAACCAGCUCCGAGAAGCUCCAGAAGGUGAUGCCUGGGAUGUAUAUGGAGGAGCAUGCCAAUGCUGCGCGAGCCCUUGAUAAGCUCGGUGACAGGGAAUUGCGCUUGCUAGUGGGAAACAUUCCAGGGGCGAGCGCUGCUAAGAUUCGGGAGGUGGUCAAAACCAUUAAGCAAGCGUUAGCGGCAAAGAUGGUUAGUCGCAAGUUUGACAACAACGCAGAAUGGGGUUUGGAGGAAGAAUCCUCGUGGUUCAAGACGACGAAGGUUUACGUACCUCCUACGGGGCUUAUUGAUAGGCAUCCUGGCUUUGAAAAGCUGAACGACGAGUGGGCCACAGAAGAGCAAGCGAGAGAGGUAGCAAAGAUUGUUAACCAAUCAUGGAAGCCAAAUACGACAAUUCUGGAUGGAACACAAGAUGGGAACAUGUUUAUGGAGAUAGACGCGUUCCUCGUAGUGCAGCAGAUAGCCAGGUUCAACAAGGAUCACGGCGUUGUUAUUAAAGACACUGCUUCCAAGAAACACUGUCCAGCAUUUGCACAUAUCUCUUCUUUCUUCGACGCGGUGGUGGACGCCAUCAAAUUGUUGAAGGGAUCAAUCCAGGUGGAAUUCAUUGUUGGAGAGAUUAAUCAGGAGCUUUCCAAGAUUCGACUUGGGACCGACACACGACCUUCGCACUUCACAAAACAGUUCACCCGGAUCUGGCUGAGCAACAUUCCCGACUACACACAUGGCACUUUGAAUACCGCCAUCUAUGUCCUUCCUGCCCUUCAGCAAAAUAUGGAUGCAGCAGCUACCUCCAACUGUCUCUUCAACUCCCCAAUAUGGAACGACGACGACGAAUUCUGCUACAACUAUACAUUACUUUUGCCCAAAGAUCUCGAACGAUAUCUUGGGAUUCGCACUAUCAACGCGAAAGCCGUGCAUGACAUCCUUACGCUCUCUCCAGCCACGCUUCCGAGACCUUUGUCUUCUCUAGCGAACCGAGACAGUCUUCAUAGUUGGCUAUCGAGGAUUCUGCUUUCUAUCAUCUCCCCAGGCGAGUCAAGGCCGCGUCCCAAAUUGAUAAAGUUGCCCAACAACCUCGUUGCUUUUGUCAACCUUCUUGUUCAACUUAGAAACAUCGGUUACCCCGCACAUUGGUUGUCGGAUUUUGUCAACAGCAUACUCAAUAAUACACUCAACGCUGAUAUCGCAACGUACAAAGGUUUCCUCCCUCGGCCGAUAUCUGACAUACGCGCCAAAGUUCCCCUACAUCGCUUACGUCUAGACCCAUGGUUUGCUGAGCUCGAAGCCAUCCUGGCUCUCUCACACCAAGGGCUACCGUUUGCAGUGCAAAUCCCUCCCAACCUUGCCUCGACGCCUGAUGCUAUUGGCUUGUAUGAAGCAAAAGUCGUACCCAAUGUGCAGCUGUUCCAUCUUCCUGGCAACGACGCCGUCACGGCUCUCUUGUUCUAUAGAUCCAUAGAGGUGCUCCGAGAACAUACCCCGGAAAAUUUUCUUCGCAAAUUACCAUCCAUCAUCGAUGGUGGCGCGCAAGGCCCGUUGAAAGGAUCCUUCUAUGUUAUGACGUCGCAGGAUCAUGUCGACUUUACGAAGCAAGAAGUCAGGUGGUUGAUGAGCAAGGCUGUGAUGAAGACAAUGAGGCAAGAGAGGUGGUUUAUGAUCGCGUGGCGUAUGGAUGGGUGGCUACAGAGUAAGCACUCGUUUCUUACGAUACAGUCCGGGGCUAAUUAUCCGGCUCCACAGCGACUGAUCCGUGCCCGUGAAUCGAUGGGCAACCUGCGGGCCAUAAUUAGCGUUCUGUACAUCCUAAUUACAACCGAGCACUGA